CUUCUUUUUCUUCUCACUUCCAAAAGUUUCAAUUCCAUCCGCCAUUUCUCUCUCCUCGUUUCCCCCCAGUCAAGAAAUAUUCCAUGAAUUUGUUCUUCGCCAGUUAGACAUGGAUUUCACGAGAAAAUUGAGCUUUCUGGUGUUUAUUUUGUGUUUGCUUUUCUCUUUGAAGAAUCAAAAUGCAGAGACCAACAAGGGUUCUUUGAACAUGAACUGGUUUUCAUCCUAUUCGUCCCCAUUCUCGAAGGCCCCACUCGAAUCUCGACCCACAAUUCACCAUUCAAGCAAGUUGGAGUGGAAUACCCAAGAUUUUCAGUAUUCUGGGUUUGAAUCUCUGAGGUAUGAUUACUACAGCGAUAGCUGCCCUGGAGCGGAGCGAAUUAUCCGAUCAACUGUUCGAGAACUCUACAAUCUCCGCCCCAGCAUAGUUCCUGAGCUCUUAAGGCUGGUCUUCCACGAUUGCUUUAUUCAGGGAUGUGAUGCCUCAGUUUUACUGGAUUCUUCUGAAGAAAUUCACAGCGAGAAAGAUUCUCCCCCAAAUGAGUCCCUGAAGGGUUUUGAUCAGAUUGAUAUUAUCAAAGAAGAAUUGGAGGAAGUCUGCCCUGGAGUUGUUUCUUGUGCUGAUAUUGUUGUGUUAGCUGCGAGGGAAAGUGUUAUUCUGGCUGGUGGCCCUUUCUACCCUCUGUACACUGGUAGGAAGGACAGUACACGUUCUUUCUCGGAUGAAGCAACAUUUGAGCUUCCCAGUCCAGAUGAUGAUAUUAUUAAGAUGGUUCAGCUGUUUGAAUCAAGAGGAUUUGACUCUCGAGAAACAGUCAGUCUUUUAGGUGCCCACAGCACUGGGGUGAUUCACUGCAAGUUCAUUGCAAACCGGCUGUACAAUUUUGGUGGUACUCAUAAGCCUGACCCUUCCAUUGAUCCUGAAUUUCUCAACACUCUUAGAACAAAGUGUACCGGUAUUGAAGCCUCAUUUUCUACAUCAGCAUCACCAUCUAGGUCACCAUCUGGAUCCCCAUCACCAUCCCCAUCGUCGCCCAGUAGCGCCUUAUCAUCUGCCUUAAUUAAGCAACCAGGGAUGCGAAUGGAUUAUGAAGGACCACGCGCAGAUUUUGGCACACUGUACUACCGCAGUCUCUUACAAAAUAGGGGCAUACUUUUUGUAGAUCAGCAACUGACAGCAAGUGAGGAGACUCAGAACUGGGUUCGAGGUUAUGCAUCCGAUGCUUCCCUAUUUGGGAAGGAUUUUGCCAUGGCGAUGAUGAAGCUCUCCAGUUACCAAGUUUUGACAGCCCCAAAGGGUCAAGUUCGAUCUGAUUGUCGCAAAGUUGCCUAAGAAAAUAGGUCUAAUGCAGCUGUCAUGAAGAAAUAGGUCAUCUCUAGAAUUGGUUUUAGACCCAAGUUUUAAUCUGCUGUAUAUGCUGUAGAGUGAACCCCCAUAUACAUUCACUAUUCUUCCUUUGGUAGAAGUCACACUCAAGCCUUUCGACUUUAUGCACACUUGGUACAUCAUGAUUCAAGGAAUCGAAAAUCCUUUAAAAACCUGUUACAGAAAGUUGCUGUCUAUCAACUGUUGUUUAGCUUACCAAGAAGCUGAUUUUUGCAUGCACUAAAUUAUGAUGCACUUAAGGAACUAACGGUUGAAUGAAUCAGAAAGAAAGAAUGAUGAGAAGGUAAACAUUUUAUUAGGCAAAACUAGAACACAGAAAGACAAAAGUACAGAGGUUGUCACAGAGAAACUCAUAUGCACAGUCUAUGGGAUACAAACAGUUCUAGAGCUUUACUGGCCCAAGUCUUCGCAUCGAACUGUUAACACUGAUAGAAGGCUGGGGAACAAGAAAUUCAGAGUACAUGUCCAUGAAGAAAUCAUCAACUAUAUCCACGUAUACCGGACAAGUAAGCCUAGAAUAGUAGUGCAGCACUUCUUCUAUGUCCAGCUGAUGAUCAACAUCAUCCACCUCAAACAUCUCAAAUUCCUUCAUCCUGUGUACUAGGACUCUGCUGCUUCCACUUUUACUUUGGCGACACGAUUCUUGGCCAGUUCCCUCGAGUUGUUUGCAUCCUUUCUCCUUCGCAUUUCGAGUGUUAAUCUGCACAUUCUCCACUGAGUUUUGGUCAUUUGUCUGACAGCAGCCUCCAUCUUCCGAUGAAAACAUAUCAUUAGCUUCUCCCUUUCCCUUGUGUAGCUGCUCUUCAAUAUUAGACGCCCAUUGAUCAGAGAAAACUCGGUAGUAAUCAUCCGUUUCCGGCAUCUUUCUACUGCUAUUCCCAGAUGAGAAAAAGGGAUUUCUGGCGAAAUUGGCUUUAGGGAGCUUCUGGUAUUCUUCAAAGAGAAAACACUUGAAAUUUUUCAAUGUUUUAUGAACAAGAUGUUUGGUUUUGUGAAGGGUUCUCAACAGCAUUUUGGAUUUCAUCCUGCUUUCCGAAUGCCCUCUUAAUAGCCCUCUAUUUUGUUCAAGAAGAAAGAAACAUAUACAUAUAGCUCCAAAUUGUUAAGCACUUUAGGCUUAAAACUUCAAUGAUAAUAUUUGACUUGUUGCUGCUUAAAAUGCAAUAGCAUUGAUUAGGAAGAAAGUUAAAGCUCUAGUGGUGGGUUGGGUAAAGCUCAUAAACCUGAUAUUCCUUUUUUAUUUGUCCAUUUUGUUGAACAUUUU